UCCCCCGGUCCCCGGUUCCCGGUGGCAGCAUGAGCAGCAGCAGGGCACCGGGGGAGACGGUGGCGACGGCGGCCUCUUCCUCCUCUUGCUCUCCGCGUCCUCCUCGUCGCCCUGCUGCUCCGGAUGCCCCCGCAGCCCGCUCCUCCUGCGCCAGGCGGGGCGCCGCUGCGCGCAGCUGAUGGCGACGGCGGCGGGCCGGCUGUGAACAGGGCGAUCGCGGGCAGGACUCGGCGGACUAGGCGGGCGGCAGCGGCGGCGGCGGCGGCGACCAUCCCUCGGCGGAGCCUUCGGAUGCGGGGAGACCCGUGCAGCCCGGAGCGAUGGGAGAGUGGACCAUUUUGGAAAGGCUGCUGGAGGCUGCGGUGCAACAGCAUUCCACCAUGAUAGGCAGGAUCCUGCUGACAGUGGUGGUGAUCUUCCGCAUCCUGAUUGUGGCCAUCGUGGGAGAGACGGUUUACGAGGACGAGCAGACGAUGUUCAUGUGCAACACCCUGCAGCCCGGGUGCAACCAGGCCUGCUACGACAAGGCCUUCCCCAUCUCGCACAUCCGCUACUGGGUGUUCCAGAUCAUCCUGGUCUGCACGCCCAGCCUCUGCUUCAUCACUUACUCGGUGCACCAGUCGGCCAAGCAGAGGGACCGACGGUACUCCUUCCUCUACCCGCUGCUGGAGAAGGACGGCAGGAAGGUGAAGAACGUUAACGGCAUCCUGGUGCAGAACCCGGACGGCUCCUCCAAGGAGGAACCCGACUGCCUGGAGGUGAAGGAGAUCCCCAGCGCCCCCAUGCGGCCCCCCAAGAGCUCCAAGGUCAAGCGACAGGAGGGCAUCUCCCGCUUCUACAUCAUCCAGGUGGUUUUCCGCAAUGCCUUGGAGAUUGGCUUCCUGGCAGGACAGUACUUCUUGUACGGCUUCAACGUGCCGGCCAUUUUUGAGUGCGACCGCUACCCGUGCGUCAAGGAGGUGGAGUGCUACGUGUCGCGGCCCACGGAGAAGACCGUCUUCCUCGUCUUCAUGUUCGCCGUGAGCGGGAUCUGCGUCCUCCUCAACCUGGCCGAGCUCAACCACCUCGGCUGGCGCAAGAUCAAGACCGCCAUCCGAGGGGUGCAGGCCAGGCGGAAAUCCAUCUGCGAGGUGCGAAAGAAGGACCUCUCCUCGCUGGCCCAAGUGCCUACGCUCGGACGGACGCAGUCGAGCGAGUCCGCCUACGUCUGAGCGCUCCCGAUCCUGUUUGGUUGGGGCGGGGAUCGGGGCCUCGGCGGGUCUGGCGUCGCCAACGCAAGCAAGGAGAAACGCCAUCUGCUGAGCUGACCACAAUACCUCCCAGGUUAACCAUGCAAUAUUCAGUGGGUGCUUUCACAAACAAAACACCCUCCUCGCUUUCAGAGGACGGGGCCUCAAGUUCGCUUUAAGGGCUGAUUAGGGAAACCCAGCCCCUCAGGAGCCAUGGGGCAGGAGCAAGGGGGAGGGAAAUGGAGGAAGAGGCUUGCUUCUCCUUCCUCCUCU